AUGACAACAGAGCUCACAAGUAAACAGAGAGCGCGCGAGAAUGAUCGCGCAAAGAGGACGAAAGAUGGAGUCACUCAACUACCUCGCAAAAAGUUCUAUCGCCAAAGAGCGCACGCAAAUCCUUUCUCCGAUCAUAUGCUAGAAUAUCCUAAAUCUCCAGAUGACAUGGAUUGGUCUCCAUAUUUUCCACACUACGUCCAGGAGGGAACACCAGAGGAUUCCUCAAAGCCUCCUAAACUGACAAAAGAUGUGGAAAUUGUCGAUAUUGGCUGCGGUUUUGGAGGUCUUCUCGUUGCUCUCGCGCCCAAGCUACCUGACACUCUCACACUCGGCCUGGAAAUCCGAACACAAGUAGCAGGCUACGUUCAAGAACGUAUAAAAGCAUUGCGAUCACAAAACUCAGACAACAUGUAUCAGAACGUGGGCUGCAUCCGAGCAAACACUAUGAAGUUUCUCCCCAAUUUCUUCAAGAAGGCUCAACUAUCCAAGAUCUUCAUCUGCUUUCCCGACCCUCACUUCAAGGCCAGGAAGCACAAAGCCAGAAUUGUAUCGACAACGUUGAAUUCUGAAUACGCUUAUGCACUACGACCAGGCGGUAUUGUGUAUACCAUCACCGAUGUCGAGGAUUUGCACUUGUGGAUGGUUCAUCAUCUUGAGGCUCAUCCUGCUUUUGAGCGGAUCUCAAAAGAGGAAGAAGAGGCGGAUGAAUGCGUUCAGGUCAUGUCGACUGAGACUGAGGAGACCACAUCACCUAACCUAACGGCACCUCCACUACCUAGCACCAGCACCGCCAACUUCACCACUUACAUCCAAUCCAUCUUCGUUCAAGAAUGUGGCUCUGAGGUCAACAUCCUGGUGAUGGCCCUCAAGCGUAGAGAUGUCAUUGUUGCUGGACUUGCCGCCUUCAUAGCCUGGGGCUUCGCUGCGAGCUGGUCACCUGUCCUCCGCUGGGCAGGUCAUGCCUUUGUUGCUGGCUCCCUUGUUACUCUCGUCGCCCUCUUCGCCGGUCUCUUUCUCGUAUCACGACGGCCAAGCGAUCGAAUACUACAACCACAUGGCGUUACGUUUCUAGAUAGGAAGGCAUGGCGAUUAGAGGUGCAGGCACUGCGCCAGCGACAAUCAUAUACUCCGACUCCAAUAGACCCCGAAUCACCCCGCGUUUCCGAAGCUAUCGACCACUUGCUUGGUCUUAUAACCCGGGACUUUGUGAAUAGCUGGUACUCAAAUAUUAGUCGCAACCCGUCCUUUACGAACCAGGUCGAUCAUGCGGUGCGGCAGGCGUUGCUGAGCUUGACUGAUUUCCUUCGUCAUAAGGACCUGGCGGAGCUCGUCACUAGCCGUCUUGUUCCUCUCCUCACCGCCCACUUUCGAGACUUCUACGAAGCAGAGAAAUCAGUACGAGGAAAGAAACUUAACCGUUCUGUUACUGAAUCUGAAGAGCUGGACCUAGCUAUUGCCUCAAAAUUUCGCGAUGGACGCCUACAUCCAGCUGCUUCUUUGUCGUUUCCCGACACCAAGAUGGUCCAGCAGGACUAUCUCAGGUCUCUUGUCGCAAAGAUUGUGCCCAAAGUACUACCUGAGAACAUGUUGUCCAGUCGAGCUGUAUCGAUUAUUAUUCGCGAGAUCGUCGCGUGCGCCGUUCUGUUUCCUGUCAUCCAACUUCUCUCCGAACCAGACACUUGGAAUCAGUUGAUGGAGAAUCUGGGCCGCUCAAUGCUCCAGGAUCGAUCAACCGUGCGAAAGCUCCGGGCAGCUUUGGACCAGCAUGCUCCUUCGACACCCAAAGCCAGCAAGUUAGCUUCCAUGCCUAGAGUUGCCCCUGGAGACAGUGAGCGCAAGUUCGAGAAGUUUAUCCGUGCUAUUCGCAAGGUCAAUAACCUAUCAGAUGCACGUCGUUUUCGUAGCGAAGUCGCUAGUCAACUGAAGCGGGAUUCUCUCGAAGACAAUCAAGACCAGGUCUACCUUCGUCGAUUGGAGAUGGGAAAGAGGCUGCUGGACCAACGGGUUAAUCAUCUUGCUGCAGGUGGCGAGCGUCGUCCACCUGGUCCUUUGCCUUUACCAUCGACUUCUUCACAGUCCAAGCUAGAGAGUGCGCCACUGGUAGAUAUUCUGCGAGAUUCUUCAGCGCUUUCUUACUUUAUGGAAUAUAUGGAUCGGCAAAAUCUCAUGCCUUUAGUGCAGUUCUGGCUUGUUGUUGACGGAUUUCGAAACCCUCUAGAAGAUGAUGGCCCAGAUGACGAACUGCCAUCGACCCUGCCAAUGUGGACAGAUGCCGACCGCCAGGAUUUACAACAAAUUAACCAGGCCUAUCUCUCGAGGCCAGAGUUAAAGGUCCCGGAUCAUUCGAGGAAUGAAGUCAAGGACUUCAUCAAGGCAGGAAAGUCAGCCACCCCCUUACAAUACUAUAGAGCGAGGCGAGCUAUCUUGAAGGCCCAGAGCGCCGUCCUUGAGGAAAUGCGGUCACGCUUCUUUCAGAGUUUCAAGAAGUCGGAUCUAUUUUACAAAUGUCUUGCAGCUGAAGAGGCAGCCAAUAUUCAGACUCUCAGAUCGACACCACAGCCAGAAGUACAAAUACAGGCGCAGGCGCAGACACAGGCAUCGACAACCAACCGUGCGAGCAAGACUUUGCCAGCAAAGCCAAGACCGGUAUCGCGACUGACGCCCCAAUUAUCCAAUGCUGGGAAACGCACGGGAUCCGCAUCGGAUCUUAAAUCUUUGACAUCUAAUGGUAAUGGGCAUGGGCAUCGAGCCAGGCGCUCGUUAGACGAAGGCUCUUUGAAUCCUCUAUUCGAUGACGAUGACAUCGAUACUGAUGGACUAGGAGAUUCUGUCCAGAGUCUAGAUCCAGAGACGAAUAGCCAGCAACUUCCAGAUACCCAAGUUGUUAAGGCAGUAGAACAGGCCUUUACCGAUAUCAUGGAGGAUGAUCGUCCUCAAACUGCUGAAGCUCUCCGUGCCUCCCUUUUCGGCGGCCCCGGCGGCAGUAGUAUUGGAGGCAUUGAUGAUAAUGCAUCAAGUCUCUUCUCAGGCAAUGACAACGACUCUCAUCGUGGCUCUCUGGAUAUGGGUAUUCGACCUGCUAUGGCGAACAAGGAAGGCGACAAACCGAGCCUUUCGUCGCUUGGUCUCGUCAGUGCGGCUUCACGAAUCGGUGUUUUCGUGGACGACGAUCUGUUUGGCGAUAACAACAAAGAUCUCCCUGACGACGGUGAUCCGGAUGACGGGCCACCGCCUGAUGACGAGGAUGAAGUGCAUGAAGCAGCACCUGGAGACCUUGGAUUGGCAGAAGCCAUCACUGCUCUCUCAAACGACAUCGAUCGCUUGGUGGCGCAGGAAGCGGUUGUGGAAUCGUUGACGCGAAAGGCAGAGUUGACAAACAAUACUGCCGAGCUGCGCAUUCUUAGGAAGUCCAAAGCGUCUCUACACAGGGAGAUCAGGCGCAAGGAGCUCCAACGGCAGCAGUACGUGAUCCAGGAGAGCGACAACAGUCUCUACGGCCGCUCAACCAUCAAAAUUAAGUCUAUCCAAGUGGGGAGAGAAGAGGAUGGUCGAGAGUUUGCACUCUAUGUUAUUGAAGUCCAGAGAAAUGCUGGAGAGCAGAUGCCUGCAGCUUCAUGGGUAAUUUCGCGGCGAUACAGCGAGUUCCACGAGCUUCACCAAAAGCUGCGGUCCCGAUACCCUUCAGUUCGAAAUCUUGACUUUCCUCGGCGGCGAAUGGUGAUGAAAUUCCAGAGCGAGUUUCUACGCAAACGACGGACUGCCCUGGAGCAGUAUCUAAAAGACCUACUUCUUUUACCAGAAGUUUGCCGCAGCCGAGAACUCAGAGCCUUCCUUUCACAGAGUGUAAUCACCCAAGGGCAAGAUAUCUUGGAUCACCAAGACAAGAAGGACAUGAUGACUCGUUUGUACGACUCUGUUGCGGAUGGAAUGGAUGACAUACUUGGAAAUAUUCCUGUACUGGACCAGAUAUCUGAAGCUGGCCAGAACCUCAUUGCAGCGGCUACUAACCAGCUCAACGCGGUUCCUCUCAAUGUGAACGAAGAUACGUUUCCAGCCGCUGAAGCUGAGGCAGAGCUGAAUGCAUUUGAGAAUAAGGAACUUGAACCGUUCAUCAAACCGAUUUGCGACAUCUUUCUUGAGAUUUUUGAGCUCAACAAGGGAAACAAUUGGCUCCGUGGGAGAGCGGUAGUAGUUGUUCUGCAACAACUUCUUGGUGGUACGAUUGAAAGAAAAGUGCGAGACAAUGUCAAGAUGCUUGUUCAAGACGAAAACAUUCUCAAAUAUAUUGGGUUGGUGCAAGAUAGUCUAUGGCCUGGAGGCGAGUUUCAACGAGAUCGCAAACCACGAACAGCUGCCGAAAAGAAGAAGACGCGGACUGAGGCGAGCUUGAUGCUGGCCACAUUGGUGCCAGAUCUCGCAGGUAGUGUUGUUGGAAGAGUCAACGCUCAGACAGCCAGCCGUCGUAUAUUUGCGACGUUGAACAACUCGAGGUUGAAGUCACGAUUGGAUCGUAUUUUACAUCGGCAACAUGACGGAGGUAUCAGCCACCCGGCUGUACUUGGGAAACCUCCCUCGCAAUGGUCCGGAUUCAUCGCCCUGACGCUCUCAGUCAAACCACUGACCUGCUGCCCAACAGCUACCAAAUCCGAUGUCGAGGCUCACUUCGCGACUCACGGUACCGGAGAAAUCACCGAGGUUAAGCUCAUGAAUGGCUUCGGUUUCAUCGAGUACAAGGACCCCAUGGAUGCCCGUGAUGUUGUACCGGCCUUCCAUGGCUCUGAUUUCAUGGGAGAACGACUCACUGUCCAGUUCGCCCGCGGUUCCCGGCAUCGCGAGGGCGGUUUUGGCAACCAUGAGCGCACCGCGCCACGGCCUCGUCGAACCCCUCAUCGAAUGCAGAUUACGGGACUUCCAAACGAUACCUCUUGGCAGGAUCUCAAAGACUUUGCGCGUCAGUCUAGCUUGGACGUUGUCUAUUCUGAAACUGGUCGCGACUCGAACGGCCGAGGUUUCGUCGAAUUCGAGACUGCAGCAGACCUUAGAACGGCUGUUGAGAAGCUCGACGGGCGAGAAUUCAAGGGCCAGCGAGUCCAAUGCGUUGCUGACACUCAGCCGGACAUGCCUCCUCGCGAGCGUGGUAGAUCCCGCUCCCCAGGACGUCGACCUUAUCCUCCUCCCGUGGACGACUACGAUCGGCGCGGCCCUCCCCGCGGAUACAGUCCCCGCGGUGGUGGUGGUGGUUACGGCUACCGGGAUCGUAGUCCUCGUCGCGAUUACUAUGAUGAUCGCGCCCGGUAUCGAUCUCCUCCUCGCCGUCCUAUGGAGGACUAUCCUCCCCCUCCCCCUCGCGGCCGCUACGAUGACCCCUAUCGGCGCGACUACCCUCCUCCGCCCGAUCCCUAUGCUAAUGGGCGACCUCCCUAUGACCGACCCCCUCGAGACUUCCCUCCACGAGAGGGCGGAUACCCACGAGAUGGUGGUUAUCCCCGAGACUAUGAUCGUGGUGGACGCUACUGGUAA